GAAAUGCAUCAUUACGUUAACCAUACGUCAGUCUGGCGGGAACGUCCUCCGAAACAUCAACAUGAAAAACCGAAUGUGAUGCAGCUUCGACUUUUGUUUUUACUGUCAACUUUUUAAAUUAGAGUAAAAUGGUUCAAAUAUUUGUAAGAAGCAGUGUGGAGGCUGGCGGUCCCUCUGAGUGGCUGUUGGUGGAGCUGCAGGGAGAGAUGGUGUCUCGACACAACUCUGGUCUGGCUGGAAACGUAAUGGGAGACCUGAUGUACACCAAAGAGGGGGUGCCGGUGCUCAUCGUUGGACAUCACAUCCUGUACGGGAAGCAGGUCAAACUGGACAAACCGUUCGCCGUCCUCAUGAAGCACUCAGGCCAUUCUCAGGACAGCCAUGACGAUGCCAUGGAAAUGGACCGGCAGGACCCCACAUCGUAUUCAGUGAAGGCACUCAUCAAACGAAAGCUGAUCUUUAAGACGCGCCCCAAACCCAUCAUCACAAACGUGCCCAAAAAGGUGUAGCAGGACCUCGUACCAGACUGAUGCGGAUCAGACCCAAUCUGACAGCAGUGAGUGGUUCGGUUCUGAUGAGGAAUCUCUGAGGCUGACAGAGGUUCAUCUCUUUGUUCAGAUGUUGUAAAUGUUCUUUCAGAAUGAGGCUCACUUUGGUUCCUGCAUCAGAAAUGAGUCUGACAUAUUUAUGAACAAUCGUCUGUUGAUCAUCUGAAUAAUUCUGUAAAUAAAACUCACAUUAAUUAAUCAGCAAAGAAAUAGUUUUUGUUUUGAACCACAAACGUAGAUGGACUGAACCGACAACCUGUGACAGGAUUUCUCUGAUAAUUCACAUGUUUGAUCUCUAAUAACAUCCAAAUAAAUAAUAAAAUAAUCUACCUACCUAA